CACUGCGAUUGGACAGUGCGGACUCCCCACGUGGGGUCGCAUGGAAAAGAUUUGCGAGAGGGGCUUUAUUGUUUCUUUGCUUUCGGGAGCCCGAAAUUAGUUUGCUAUCUUUACUCAGUUCUACAAUCAAAUAACGAGACGGAAAAAUGGCUGGUGGCAAAGCAGGGAAAGACAGUGGCAAAGCCAAGGCGAAAGCAGUGUCACGCUCCCAGAGGGCUGGACUACAGUUCCCCGUGGGUCGUAUCCACAGGCACUUGAAGACUCGCACAACCAGCCAUGGCCGUGUAGGAGCCACAGCAGCUGUGUACAGUGCUGCUAUCCUUGAGUACCUCACCGCUGAAGUACUAGAGUUGGCGGGAAACGCCUCCAAAGACUUGAAGGUGAAGCGUAUCACCCCCCGUCAUUUGCAGUUGGCCAUCCGUGGUGACGAGGAGUUGGACUCUCUUAUCAAGGCAACAAUUGCUGGAGGAGGUGUCAUUCCCCACAUCCACAAAUCCCUCAUUGGGAAGAAGGGCCAGCAGAAGACUGCAUAGAUGCCAUGUUGACCAGAAAUUUUGGGGCUUGGGUUUUGAUCGGACCAGGAGUUCACAUUUGUUCUUUUUUAUUAUUAAUAUUAUAGCAAACGAAGAGUGAUUGUUAGACUUUGUGUUGUUAUAUUUUCCCAUAACUAGAAAAAAAUUACAGAAAACUCCCUUAAUGAAAAAAAAAAACCCUUUGUAUGUUAUUGUAGAACGUUUGACUGGGGAUUAUUACAAAUGUUGACAGUGAAUUUGUUUGAUUGGCCUCAGACUCUGUUAUGUUUUAUACUGAAAAAAGAAAUUGUUAAAACCAUUUUUUAUAUAAAACUUGUUUUUGUGGUUAUUUCCUUGAAGUUACAAUAUUUACUAUAAUACAAGUUUUUAAGGAGAUAUUUUUUGGACAGCAUAUUAGGUAACAAAAGCUAAAUGUGAGAUGGUGCUUUUUCUUCCUUUUGACUUACUGUAAUAUUAUGAACUGCACAAUGAUAGCGAUGUAUUAAAAGUUGAAUUUUUUACAUCAAAAAAAUGAAAAA